AUGAGGCAAAAAAGAGAAUUGCAAAGUACGGUGGACAGUAUCACACGCAAUGUCGGGAAAGCUGGCUCCACCGUUGUCAAGUACUCUGAAGAGCUUUUAAAUAAGGAAACUGAGAAAAUCCAGGAAGCGACUGGAUUGCCACAAUGGGCGGUAAUCGCUCUUGCCGUAAUAACGGCGAUCGUGACCUUUUGUUUGCUCAUAUGCGUUUGCAAAAAGUGCAUUUGCAAAAAGCGUAAAAAAUCGAAGAAGGGAAACCAAAAAGAACAAGUCAUCGACAUGUCGCAGUUCAAGAAUCUUGGCGAAGAACUUGACGAAGUGUCGAAAAAGGAAGACACAGAAGAAAAGGAAAAGGAGAAGCUGGGUACUCUCCGAUUCAGCUUAGAUUAUGACUUCGAAGCGAACAACCUAAAAGUGCACGUGAUGAACGCGAACGAUCUCCCGGCGAUGGACUUGAACGGCACUUCUGACCCGUACGUAAAAGUGUACGUCCUUCCAGACAAGAAAAAGAAGUUCGAGACCAAGGUGCAAAAGAAAUCCCUCAACCCAGUUUUCGACGAGACAUUCAACUUUAAAGUGCUCUACAAAGAAAUCGGCUCUAAAACUGUCGUCCUCGCCGUUUACGAUUUCGACCGCUUUGGAAAACAUGACAUUAUUGGAAAAAUUGAAGUUCCGCUCAAUUCGAUCGAUCUUGGACAAAUUUUCGAAACAACGAAAGAACUAGAAGCUGCUGACAAGGAUUCUGAGAAAUUGGGAGAUGUUUGUUUCUCUCUCAGAUACGUUCCGACAUCGGGUAAAUUCACUGUGGUUAUCUUGGAGGCGAAGAAUUUAAAGAAGAUGGACGCCUGCGGUCUUUCAGAUCCAUACGUGAAAGUCAACCUUAUGCAAAACGGGAAGCGGCUGAAAAAGAAGAAAACAACAGUCAAAAAGAAUACUCUCAAUCCCUAUUACAACGAGUCAUUCAGCUUUGAAGUUCCCUUCGAGCAGAUUCAGAAAGUAACUGUAGUCAUCACUGUCCUCGAUUACGAUCAAGUCGGCUCGAACGAUCCAAUCGGAAAAGUUGUCGUCGGCUGUGGUGCUUCUGGCCAAGAACUCAAGCAUUGGAGCGAUAUGCUCUCGGCGCCACGGCGACCGAUCGCUUCAUGGCACUCACUGCAGCCAGCGGAGGACGAUAAGUAG